AUGGGCUCGAUUUCACACCACGAUUUUCAAGGAGGCUGCACUAAAACUGAGGAAGAGGAAGGACAGAGUAUUGAGGGGACACAGUCGUUCCACGGUGUCGGUGUGUGUAAAUGGUUCAAUGUCCGGAUGGGUUUCGGCUUCUUGUCUAUGAACAGCAGAGAGGGAGAACCGCUUGAAGCUCCAGUCGACGUGUUUGUCCACCAGAGUAAGCUACACAUGGAUGGGUUUAGGAGUCUGAAGGAAGGUGAGGCAGUUGAGUUCACCUUUAAAAAGUCUGCCAAGGGCUUGGAGUCUGUGCGAGUGACGGGGCCUGGAGGAGCACACUGCAUUGGCAGUGAAAAGAGACCCAAAGGCAAGAGUGCCCAGAAACGUCGCUCCAAAGGAGACAGGUGCUACAACUGUGGAGGUGUAGACCACCAUGCAAAAGAGUGCAAGCUGCCGCCUCAGCCAAAAAAAUGCCACUUCUGUCAAAGUAUCUCACACAUGGUUGCUAACUGCCCAGUUAAAGCCCAGCAGUCCUCACCAGGCUCUCAGGAAACACCUUUCACUUUGAAGGGAGAGGAAGAAGUUCAGAAUUCUUCCCCUCCACUCACAGAGGUCACCAACUGA